GGCUUGAAGAUCGCAAGAUCUCUGCCCUCGUCUGCGUGCUCAUCGCAAGAUGCGUAAAGCAGAAGCCGGUACUCCGAAGGCGAUAGCCAACAAGAUCAAGUCCAAAGGUCUCCAGAAGCUCCGAUGGUACUGUCAGAUGUGCCAAAAGCAAUGUCGAGACGAGAACGGCUUCAAGUGUCACACUACAUCCGAAUCACACCAGCGUCAAUUGCUGCUCUUUGCGGAGAACCCGGAUAAAUACUUGGACUCCUUCUCAGAAGAGUUCAAGGAAGGCUUUCUGGAUAUCUUGAAACGUCAAUACGGUGGGAAACGAGUACACUCGGGUCAGAUCUAUCAGGAAUACAUUCGAUUCAAAGAGCACGUGCACAUGAACUCUACCAAGUGGCUUACUUUGACAACUUUCGUCAAGUGGCUUGGCAAAGAAGGUAUAUGCGCUGUCGAUGAGACCGAGAAGGGAUGGUUCGUGACAUACAUUGAUCGGAGCUCGGAGGCCAUUCUCGCUGAUGAGCAGGUCAAAAAGAGGAAGAUGGACCUCGAUGACGAGGAGAGGCAGAAUAAGUCAAUCCAGGAACAAAUAGAUCGACUCAAGGCAUCGUCGAAUGCGAACGAAGAAGAGAGACCGGAGGAAGACAAGCGCUUGCUCAGAGAAGGUGAUGGCGAGAAG